GUUCGAACGGUUCCAGUUAGAUCCGAACCGGUCUGCGAGAAAGGUGACCAGAUUGACAACACACCGCCAUUCGAAAUGGUUACGUUCCGACUGAUAGUGUUUUUGCUGCUCACAGGAUGUCUAAAAUGGGCAUUUGCUUCGUUCGACGCAUCGGAAUCUGCUCUGGUUCCACCGUUGUUCCGGUACGACAGCUACGAACAUUGUCGGGCGUCUUUUUGUAGUGUAGAAAUUCAUUUGAAACCAAACGCAGCUGACGUAGUAACCAACAGCCGCAUAGCGGCAGGUUUUCGUCGCAAUCAUCUGGAAUGGGGUGUUUGCGUUGCAAACUGUGAGGCUGAGCUUGCUAGUGUCAGCAAACAAAGUCAGCAGCAGCUAUACUAUCCUGAAUUUAGUAUUGACUAUCCGCACAACUAUCCGGCUCACUACUGGAAAGACAGAGUCGAGCAGCUCAACUCAAAGUACGCUACGCUAAUGAACGUCUGCGUCAACAAUCGAUUACAGCGUGAUUACAACCUGACUCAGCGUGGGUACUCUAGCAUCCAGUACUGCCUGAGCAGUGAUUUAUCGGAGCAACCAGUUGGUAGAGACUGGUGGACGAUUGCAUUUCUAGCUAUAGUUUUCAUACUAAUUGUCUCCGUGUUUGCUGCUAGUGCACUUGACCUGUUCACGAAAGAUGCUCAACUUAAGGAUAGUGUGUUCGUCUCCUCAUUCGCCGUUCGGCAGAACUGGGUUCGUCUCUUUGAACAGCCAAAAAAUGAAAUCUAUCGAGAUUUUAGCUACAUCGAUGGGUUGCGCUUUCUCAUCAACAUCUACACGUUGAUUAUCCAUUGUCUGUUGGUGAGCGCAAUUCUGCCCCAAAGAAAUCCUGAGCAAUUCGAAAAGAUGUCGCAAAAUCCGCUGAUACGAAUCUUCAUAUCGCUAACACCGGUCUCUGUUCAGAAUUUCCUCGUGAUCACAGGUAUGCUGCAGAUGGCAAACUUUCUCAAGGAUCACCAGAAGAAUCAGCCCUUCGACACUAGCUACUUUCGAUCGAAAAUCAUCAAUCGACUCAUUCGGCUACUUCCAGUAUAUUACUUUUACCUGUUACUUACCAUUACUAGCGAUAGUCUUCCUGGUGUAGUUGUGAGUCCGGUGGGAUAUUCAAUACUAACCGGUGAACGAUAUAUUUGCCGACGCCAUGGAUGGAAAAAUCUCCUUUUUGUGAACAAUUUACCCGAAACGGAUACAGAAUCGUGUUUUCUUCAGGGUUGGUACCUGGCUGCCGAUCAGCAGUUGUUCCUUGGUUCACUGGUUUUACUGGCAGCGAUAUGGAAGUUUCCGAAGAAAAUCAAUUUUUUACUGUCGAUGAUGGCCGUAGUUUCAAUUAUUAUACCCGCACUUAUCGUGCACAACUUAAAGCUGGCAGCCAUGAUCCCAAUAAGAUUAUCAGAUUUUCGAACGAUGCAGUACUAUCAGCCCUGGUUCAAUCACAUUUAUCAACCUGGAUACACCAACAUGAAUGGAGCAAUUGCCGGGAUUAUUGUUGGCUAUCUGUAUCAUCAAUCUAAAACUAAACAACUCAACCUCAGAGAAUCAAGGGUUUACUAUCUAAUAAGGCAAAGUACUAUACUCAUAGUGAUAUUUAUACUUGGCACAUCGAACCAUUUUUAUCAACAUGAUUUGCCUCGUUCAUCGCUUCGUAACACGUUUUACUUUAUGCUGUACAACAAUCACGGUACUCUUGGUGGUAGCCUUUGCUUCAUCUCUUGCUUUUUAAAUCCUCCAGGUAUCUUUAGACGUAUUCUAAGCUCUCAGCUACUGAUAACGUUGGGGAAGCUAUCGUAUUGUGUUUACGUACUUCACGUUCCCUUACUUCGACUCAUGAUCAACUAUCUCCCAACGCCAGUGACAGUUACCUAUCCUAAAAUUGCUAUAUUAUGUACGGGACUUGCGGUUAUAUCUUACAUAUUCGGACUGAUUACUUACCUUGUGAUAGAACAGCCCAUUCGACUUAUCUUGAAGUAUUGGUGCUUUGACAGAAAAAAUAUUAUGAAACAAGAUUGAAAUUCUGGCUCUCAAUCGAUGCCUUAAAUUCCUUGGUAUUGAUUAUAGAAAAAAUAAUUUUAAAUCUUAAGGAGGAGGGCUCUUGAAAAAUACCAAAGAACGUUAUGAGUCGUUAUUAUUAUAGCUAUGAAGGGCCGGAACCUUUAAAAUGAAAAAAAAAACCAAAAACAAAAAUAAAAAUGGGAAAUAAAUCUGUGAACAGUAAAUACCGUCAAUAAAGUGUCAUAUCAUUAAUAAA